AUGGAGUUCAUUUUUAACCUUCUUCGUGAGAGAAUCCUCUUCUCAGAGCACGGUACAAAAUAUUUUGAGGAAGAAAUCUCGCGUGUGGUCCACAUACUCCGAGAUACUGUGGUCAAUGGUGUAAGCAACUCCUUGCUUAUCGUAGGCCGCAGAGGAAGCGGCAAAAGCCAUCUUCUUCGCGAAGCGUUGGAAAAAGUGCAGCUGGAUUCUGCAGUGAAGGGUAAUUUAAUCGAGGUCCACAUCAACGGACUUAUCCAUACGGAUGAUAGACUGGCUCUUCAUGCAAUUGCAAAGCAACUCCAACGGGUCCGCCCCCAUCUCGCUUUGGAUACGGGUCCCUUGGGAUUUCCCGCAUCGGAAAAUGGAGAGAUGGGCGAUGUCGAGAAAUGCAUCGUGGCUGGGGAUACUAGACUGCGCAGCUUCGAGGGUCGGUUGCAAUGGCUGUUGGAAGGCCUACGCUCAGGAAGUAGCACCUCCUCGAUGGCCCUUGUUGUAGUGGUGGAGGAAUUCGAUCUCUUUGCGGCGCAUCACAAUCAGGCCCUUCUAUACAAUCUCCUCGAUGCCAGUUGUCACGUUGAUGGCACUCCCAUUUGUGUUAUUGGUGUUACUUGUAGACUGGACGUAAUAGAGAUGCUGGAAAAGCGGGUAAAAUCUCGGUUUUCUCACCGCUAUCUCCAUGUCAUUCCUGUGGCUGCGCCGUAUAUAACAGAUGUAUCGACCACGGAGAGCGUAAGUAGCUCCGAUAAUGGCAGUAACAAAGGCGAAGACUCUGAAGAAGGUCGGGUGGGUCCCUUUCAACGCUACUGUGUUCUGGCUGCAAGCCUCUUGCGAAUCGACAAAGUGAGUGUGCAGCGACUAAAAACUAAGCUGCAGCCUUCCGAUCACAAAGAGUUUAUCGAUGCUGUGGAUCAGUGGAAUUCCCAUGUUGAGGCAUUCUUCGAAGAUGGCUUGGUGAGGGACUGUCUGCGACAGAUUUGGGAGGUUUCCACUUGCGUUAGCAAGCUAAUAAAUGCAGUUGCCCUUCUGAUUGCGCGACUGGACAGCUCGAAGCCGCGUUUGAAUGCAGGCGAUUUCAUCAAUGUUUUAUCCAAAAUGUGCCAGGAUGCAAGGGCAUCUUUGUUGUUCAAUCUCUCUCUGUUGGAGCUAAUUCUUGUUACAACAAUGGUGAAGCUGCACAACAUUCAUGAGGGUCAGCCACUCAACUUCGAGAUCGUCUUCAGUGAGUACUCGCGUUUUUGUAAGUCAAGCUGUCCGGCCUACCUCUACGAAAAGAGAGUGGUCUCGAAGGCGAUGGACAAUUUAGUGCAGUUAGAACUAGUAGUGUGUGGCCGCGAGGCGGUGGUGGACGUGGACUCCCGGCAACGGCGAUGCCCUGCCUCAACCCAUUCCAAUAUUGUUUCUGCGGCGGCGGUGGCUAAUCUUCCUGACCAACUUAGGCGCUUUCAACCAUUAACGUGCUUUGUGUCCACACCCUCCCUUAUCGCUUGCCUCGACGCUUAUCCUGGGUGCCCCAUUGAACUGACGCAGUGGGCGCAUUCUCAGCGCAACGAAUAUGGCAAAGUGGCGAUUUUGCAGGGUAAUGUGGCAACCAUUUUGUUGCGAGCAUCCAGUAUCGGCCUGGAAUACGCGAAUUUAUCUCUAACUACCUCUCUUACAAAUUCUUCUUAUGUGCCGAAAAUGAACCUACAAGGCCUCCGUACUGUUAUUGCAUAUGCCCUCUACCCACCGACCUUCUUAUUCGGACCCAUAGUCCUCUUCUCAGAUUGGUGCGCCUUGUCCCAUCUUUUUGAAUCCGAGUCUAAUCAAUUGCCUCUUGAAAACAGAGGCUGCCUUCCUUCGCGCAUUCCUUCAUGCAACAGUCUGAUGCAGCGAGGGCUCCGCCUUAUAGUCUGGUUCAUUCUCUGGGAGUUGACAAUACAUGUGGUUUAUCCAAACGCUCUUGUCUUCGCACUCACUCAGCCCGCAAUGCAAGUACCGGCCCCACCUCCAAAAGCAAUGGCAAAUCGAGUCUUUCACGCCAGUCCCUUUAUUGAGACCGAUCGUUCAGCUUCUGGAGUAGCGGUAUAUCUGCUUGGAAUGCAGUUCUAUUUCACGUAUUUUCAACUUUACGGAUGGCCUCGCUGGCUCUCCGACCUGGAAAUUCUACUUACAAGCGGAGUUAGUAAAGAGAAUAUCAUUUUAUGUCUUGUGCCAGAGGGACCACUCUGUUUCAGCCAUAUCCUUCUCUUCUCCCAGUUGUGGAGUUAUGUGUAUUUGCCCUGGCUAAAACGUGGUAGGAGAUCUUCCACCUACCGGAGAAUCCAGGCUGGGAUCCUUGCAUUCCUCUUUAUCCUCCUCUUUCACUCUUUCAACUUGGAGAAUGUGGCUAACGGUGCCCUAUCUUACACACCCAUGUCGAACGGAGCCGCGCAUGUGCCGAAUUUCAGGCGAACUGUUCUUCAUGUGUGGUCUAACGAUUCCUUCGCAACAUUUAGUGGUACCAUUCUUGACAUCUGCCUUUCUAUUUGCAGCAAUUUGGGUCACAAUAAACCUAGCUCAAAUUCUCCUGGAACAGUUGAUCAAAUGGAUCUACCGAUCGACAGAAAUUGGAAUGAUCUUGCUGGUAUUCUCUGCAGCAUCAGUGCCAUGUUCUCCUCUGUUGGAUUCUUUUUUUUCUACCUUGGUUUCGAUUCGGGAAUUUGGAUCUUUUAUCUCAUGUUUUUGGAUCCAGUGUACUUGCCGAUUUCGAUUGUUCUUUACUACUGCACCUACCAGAUGGCAAUCGAGGUCCGACGAGUCUCGGAGGUUAAAACAAAAUGCACUUGA